AUGGUAUCCUUCUGGCCCUUCAAGGGCCGAGAUGACUCUGCCACCUUCGAAAAGACUCUUUCUUCACUCUCGACGAAAAUCGCACAGACAACCACCCGUCUAGAUGCCCAGCGCCAGCAUUCCCGGCGCUUAAAAGCCCUCUGGACUCUCUACACCACCUUCGCCUACCUCCUCUACUCCAUCGUCCUGGUUCUGGUUCUCGGAUGGCGCGACUGGGGAAUGAAAGAAUACGACGUUAUCAUCGGCGGUCCGGUUCUGAUCUAUGUUGUUCGUGCAGCGGGAUCCCGAUUCUUCGAAUACCGCAUCUCAACGACAUCCCGCUAUCUCGACAGUCUGUACAAGCAGCGCGACGAGACGAUCGAGAAGCUCAAGGUCGCUACCAAAUACAACUCCACGCAGCAGCUGCUGGAGAAAUACGGGGGGGAUUCACCGUCGCCGGGGAAGUCGCGCACAAAGAAUGAGCGGAAGGACUUUCCUGUGACUGCAAAAUCCCGUGGUGCGAAGGGAUCGCAGAAGCAAGCCCCCGUGCCCAGAACGGGUCUUCCCCCUCCCCCUACUGCGAAUAUUCGUCGACCCAUCCCGAUUCCUCCGCAGGAGGUCGCCCAAAGUCUUAAUCCCGGCUACAGCCCUUUUAGUACUUUUCCCUCCCCGCCUCCGCCUCCGUAUCCCCCCCAGUCUCGACCGGUAGAGGACGCCUCCGGAUUCGCUCCCAACGCUUUCCCUCCCCCGUCAUCCCAGUACGCCGAAAACGCAUCCCACUGGUACGACCGUCUCUUCGAUGUUCUCCUCGGCGAAGACGAAACGCAACCUAGGAACCGACUUGUCCUCCUCUGCACGAACUGCAGACUGGUCAAUGGCCAGGCACCGCCCGGCGUGAAAACGACCGAGGAGCUGGGUCGAUGGCGCUGUUUCAGCUGCGGUGCAUGGAACGGCGAAGAGAGCGAGACCAAGAAAGUUCUUGCUGAUAUUAAGAGCCAGAGCCGGGCGCGCAUGAGCCAGACGCACACGCGCGCCCAGGCGGGUGAUGCGGCCUGGGAGCCUGUUUCUGUGGAGAAUGUUUCCUCGGGCGAGGAGGCAACGGAUGAAGCGGGAGUUAUUGUCGCUACGAGCGAGGAUGAUCGGGAGGGGCAGGCAGAGAUGCGAGAUGAGGAUGAGCAUGUACAGGGGGAUGCUGAGUCUGGGUCUGAGCCGGAGUCGGAAGCUGAACUUGAAACCGAACCGGAGCCUGAGCCUGAGCCUGAGCCUGUCCGGAAAUCCAAGCGUGGAAGGCCAAAGGGGAGCAAGAGUAAGAAAGGUUAA